CGUACAGUAUAAAAGCGCCAAGCGUUUAUUCAAACAGUCAGCUUCCUUCAUUCCUCGUGUAUUGACGCCGUAAUUCGCCCACCACUUUCCUUUGUCCCUAUCUCUCACUCUCUGCCUCUUAGAUUUUCCCUUCCAUUAUCACAGACCCGACUAAACCAGAGCACACGCAGGAGCUUGCUCUUUUGGGGGCAAAAACAGAUUCAUACAGGGAACGAGGAAGAUGCUGCGGUCGUGUUACAGCCCACUGGAGCGCUGCUUUUUUGGGCGUCUAGGCUGUGGCUGUGGUGGAGGCAGGGGCGAUGGACUUCUCUGGCACACGGACCUCAAGCCUCAUGCGUCUGGGGAUUACUCCAUCGCGGUGGUCCAGGCCAAUUCCAGCCUCGAAGACCAGAGCCAGGUCUUCAGCUCGCCCUCCGCCACUUACGUCGGAGUCUACGAUGGCCAUGGUGGGCCAGAGGCUUCCAGAUUCGUCAACAAGCGCUUAUUUCCUUAUUUGCACAAAUUCGCUACUGAACAAGGUGGAUUAUCCGUGGAUGUGAUAAAGAAGGCAUUUCAUGUCACCGAGGAGGAGUUUUUGCAUUUAGUAAAGCGAGCAUUGCCAACACGGCCACAAAUUGCUUCAGUCGGGUCAUGCUGUCUUGUUGGUGCUAUUUCAAAUGAUGAAUUGUACGUCGCAAAUCUUGGUGACUCGAGAGCAGUUCUUGGCCGAAGAGUUCUGGAGAGUGCAAAAAACUUGGUUGUGGCGGAACGGUUGUCAGAUGAUCAUAAUGUUGCGGUUGAGAAGGUGAGGAAGGAGCUGAAAGCACUUCACCCCGAUGAUUCGCAGAUUGUGGUGUUUUGCCGUGGAGUUUGGAGGAUUAAGGGAAUAAUUCAGGUGUCAAGAUCUAUUGGCGAUGUCUACCUGAAAAGGCCUGAGUUUAACAGAGACCCAAUAUUCCAGCAAUUUGGAAACCCCGUUCCUUUGAAGCGACCAGUAAUGACAGCAGAACCCUCUAUCCUUUUUAGAAAGCUUAAGCCACAGGACUUAUUCCUGAUAUUUGCAUCAGAUGGCCUCUGGGAACAGUUAAGUGAUGAAGCAGCAGUAGACAUUGUGUUAAAAAAUCCAAGAGCUGGAAUUGCAAAGACAUUGGUCAGAGCUGCCAUUCAAGAGGCUGCAAAGAAGAAAGAGAUGAGAUAUGGUGACAUAAAGAAAAUUGAAAAGGGAGUAAGGCGUCAUUUCCAUGAUGAUAUUACUGUGAUCGUCAUUUAUCUUGACCACCAAAAAGGUUCCUCGAAUGGAAGAUUUAAGCACAAUACGUUUUCCUGCACCAAUGCACCAGUUGACAUCUUCUCCCUGAAUGCAGAUGUGGCUGAAGAUGAUCUUCUUCACCCAGUUUUCUAGAGAAACAAAACCUUUUGAAGAUUUACUGACUCCUGGUUUUUCCGAGGACUAUAUCAUGUGUUCUUUUAUUUGUUUGUUCUUUUUUUUUUGGUGGAAAGAAGGUUUGAAUAUAGAAAGGUACAGUCCUAUAUACUGAUAAUCGAGUUUGAUGGAUGCUAAUGGGAUCAAGCUGCCAUAGGUUAUGCAACUGAAGUUCUAGCUGCAUUAGUCGCUCGGUUGUUGAUUUUGCCUCGUUUGAGUUGAUGAUAGUAAAUCCAAGAGGAAAGAAGAGUAUCACGAGAACACCAGUUUUUGUAACUUUUUUUUCAAACAUAUUUUUACAAAUAACAAAGCUUCUGCUCUGUUGAGUGCUUAUCAGACAAAUGGUAACGUGCAGCUAAUAAACAACGGCCUAAGGCCGCGGCAACAUUGUUUGAUCGAACCAGUUUGUGUGUUUUGGA